AAAAGAACUUGUUUAUGUAUUCCAUAAAUUUCUAUCAUCUUUUCAAGGGCUGCGCGAGUUCGCCGACGAGACGACAUGGGAAGUGCUGUUCUCGUGAAUCGACUGUAGAUUGCGAAGUCUCCAAUCAGCUGAUCAGCCGGCAGUACCUGGUGAGCGAAUGGGUCAUUGGGUACCCCAUUUAUUCCUUCUCCUUGGUUCUUUCUGGCGCAAGUUAUAACCCCCCGCACUGUUUCGGCGUGCAAGCUUAUAAGCCGACCAACUCGACAGUGACAUCCAAGUCCCAGUAAAGAUUGAUAUUCUUCUGUCGGCCUCCUCUGCUCAAAUACCACAGCCCAGAAGCUCCUUUUCUGGUGGGCUAAUUUCCGCACGAUUGGUGGGAUCUGAAGUCAGCAAUCGAUGGCCACUUAGUUUCGCGACAGUGUUUGAGGUUCGUUAGCUCCCGCUGCCCGAGCAAUCCAACGAGUUCCAUCUACCUCCGACUCGAGCUCGCGUUUCAACCGGGCCGCCAAGCAUCAUCCCCAUCUGGACUCCAGUCUCCUCGGCAGAACCGUGCUUCAUCCUUCCCCAGAGCAAGUCUGCAAGAGCUCUAACCCUACAGGACAUUUAAUAUCAUCCCCCCCCUCCCCCCUUUCCCUUUCCUUCCACCCUAACGCUCUGUGGAUUAUCAUUAUUACAUCACCAAGGCUGCUUCCAAAUCUUUCGAAGUUUCUCCGAAGGUACCGAGAGAAUAAGAAGCUACCCCCGGUCAUUCCCUAUCUAAAAAUAAAUAUAUUAUUGCCACCUUACCUUAACCCAUCGUUUUGUCUUGCGGUCUGCGGGAAGCACCAUACAUAGAAAUUUACACGGCGCCCUAAUUUGACCCCCCACCUCCAAUAAUUCAGAAAACACAGUUAGAUUCAAUCGCCGAAAUAAUCCGUCUCGCUGCCCUACUUUAUUUCCUGGUACCACCAGCUUGAAAACUCUCGACUUGGGUGGUGCUUCCAUCGAGCUUCCCCCAACUUGGUCUGUGUUCAGCGGGGGUUGUCCUAUCAGCAGAACUGUUUUGCUCAGCUCUUUCAUUUAUUAUCACGUCCAAGCUAGUUGAGAUCCCUUCAAGGCACCUUUCCCUUGUACCCCUCAGCGUCCAACCAGCCUGUUGUGCGCUUGGACCACAGGCUCCUUUGGUCCUCCUACACUCCCAUCAACUGAGCACCCCAGUCCUAGUGCCUUUUACUGUGCUCUCUCUAGUCCUUCCAUUUAGUAACACCUCAUCCUCGUCCGUAGUCAAUCGUCAAAUUCCAGUAUCCUCGUCAAGGUUGCACCAAACAUCAACCUUAGUCUACCUCAUCUCCCCUCCUCAAGCCCCGCGUGAAUACUCUUUACACCAGUUAUAAUCAUUUUAUUCUUUUUUUUGGCUGGACAUCCUUCAGCUCAAGUCUGUCCAAGUGACCGCACCGUCCCCUUCUCCUCUUCGCCCCGGCCCACAUUGGUUCAGAUUUUCAGAAAAAAAGAUUUUCCUAACCGACCCAGGCAGAUUUUGCCCCCUUCAACAACUCUGCAAGUCAAGCACUCCAGGUGUUUUGAUUGGUUCAUCAACCCACCAAUCCCGCUCUGCCCAUCCACUCUCCUCCAUCAACCCCUUCCAAUCAGGAUCAUCAUUAACUACUCCAUCGCAUUCUACCUAAAAAACUGAUUCGCUAUGACAAUGUUGCUACCCGUUCAGCUACACAUCUCGCUUAAUGCGAGACUAUUCAAGAUAUUCAACCUAAGAGAGCAUCGUGCUUUCACUAUCUCACAUCUCAGGAAGGCCCUUGGCACUGCGUUUCACAUAUCCCCAGACAAAAUUCGCUUCAACCUCGUCUCAGGCCGUUACACUCGGGACACAGAUCCAUUAUUCGACCUGAGAGCUAGUGAUGGCAACUCGGCCUCGCUGGAUGUCGAGCUUCCGCCAGCUUACGUGCACUCGUCGCUUUCGAACGGCGUAAUCAGUGUACGAUUUCUGUCGAACGUUUGUCCGGCGGCAUCGCAGGAUGUUUUGUGCGAAGGCGUUGUCGAGGUCCAACUCUCGACCCCUAUUCCCUCCGGCACGCUGCCCUCCAGUUCCACCGCACCCGCUCCUUUCUCAGUGGAGGAAUUGAGUCGAGAGCAGCGCAUCGCUCUCCGAGCUCAGCUCGAAGACCCUUUCAGCAUCGCUUCAAAGUCUUGCUUUGAAGAUGACAGCGACGAUGAUGAAGAUUAUGAAGACGUCAACGAUGAUUUGGACAGCGAUGUGGAUGAUGAUCUCUACAGUGAUGAUGGCGAAGCCGUAUUCGAGUCUGCAUCCAGCGACUCGGAUUGCUCUUCAACCCCAUCCUCCGUACUGAGCUCACCCGUCACAUCGCCAAUAUCCUCCUCCUUCUGGCCAUCUGAUCCCAACAAGCUUAGCGCUGGUCAUUUGCGCCACCUGCUUUCAAUUACCACACCGCGGGACUCUCGGAAAGAGGCCACUCUCCGAGUGAGCUUCCUGCGCUACAGAUUCCAGCGAAUGAUUCUUGAGCGAUUACAAGACGGCCCUACCCCAAUCCCUAGCAACCCAUUGGAAAACCUUAAAUUGACACCAGCAAUCCAGACUUGCCCCGUCUCAACCUCUGCAACAACUGUCUCAACCAAGGCAUUGUCGGCAGCUUCCACCACGGAUACCUUCCACCUCACCUCACGUUGAUCUGAUUUUUUCGGCCACGUUUCCAUUCCAUCGAUCUCCCCCCUCUCAAAGCUUGCUUUCUUGAGCUUUCGCUUCCAACAUUCGACUGAAGGCCGCUGGCUUUCGUCGUCUCAGCGAUCAUAGACCGUCCCACUGUCCAGUUCCCGCUUAUGAAGGUUAUCCACCCCACAUCGGUGUCAUUCGCUUGCUCACUCCUUUUUUCGAGUCACCCCACCUUUGUGUUUGGCUAUGCUCCUCCUGGAUUCGCUUUUUUUCUUCCAUAGCACUUUUCCUUGCAUAUCAGCUGUAAAUCAUCCACCGUCCGUCUCUUGUCGUUUUUUCCUCAAGGUUCUUCUUACUUCACUUCAUACCUGUAUACAUACCUCAUGCGGAUCUUUCGGUCGCUGUUUCAUUCACACUCGUUGUUGUUCGUUUUUCAGAUGAUCCUUGUUGUAUAUUUCGUUCUCAUUGGAUCGUCGUUCUUUCUUUUUGCUUCUCUCUCUCUUCAUUUGGGACUCUUCUUUAAAGCAUUAUCUACAUAGCAACUCUACCUAUUACUUUUCUAAUGACACUCACUUGCAUCGCUCUUGUCUAUCUUUAAACACUGUACUUAUCUUGUACUUCACAUUAUCAGCCUUUCGGUUUUUUUUUCUUCUUUUUUUCCCUUCUCUCAGCAGUUUUGUGUAGUUUGCUCUAGUCCUUCGUUGACCUCACACGUCCCAAAGAAAUGAUCAAAUCAUUAACAAUAUCCGUAUCUAUUUAUCGACUUGGUGAACAGGAGUGAAC